CCACCCUGAUGGAAACUGAGGAGCCCCCACGUGGAGCCUUGGCUCCCGUCCCUGCUGGAGCGGAGUUCAGUGUGAGCCCCGCAGCUCCCAGGAGAGGGAGCCAGGCCGCUGCCUUGGAGCUGGAAGCAGAAGAGGGCGAGGGCCCGUCUGAUAAGUGGGCACAGGGACACACACUCUCGGAGACCCCGCAGAGAGAGGGGAGGGAUGUGAAUGACUCCGCAGCUGAGGGCAUGACCUCCGUCCCCCAGGAGGCCUCUGCAGAUGUGGAGAGCAGACAGGAAGACCUGAUGGCUGCCGCCCGCGACCCUCCAGCAGACCUGGGGGCAGUGCCCCAGAGCCCAGCAGACAGAGACGCAAGGACACUGGCCCCUCCAGAGCCCCGGGCCUGCCCAGACCAGGGUGAACGUCUGGACAACGCCCCAGUCCCCAGUGAACUGGGCAGCAGCGUGGAGGUGGGAUCUGGACCGGAACUCACUUCUUUGAUACUGGGACCUGGACAAGCAGAAGGGAAGGAGGACACUCACCCAGACACCUCUGCUCAGACCAGCGUCUGGCCGUCCUGGGAAGAGCACCCUGCAGAGACCAGCCAGCCGCAGGACCCAGAAAGUGGGACUGUCAGGCAGGAAAGCCCAGGGGUGGAGGGGCCCAGGCGCCUCCAGGAGGCCGAGGGGCUGGAGGAACGGGGAGGAGAGGACGGGGCACGUCAAGGGGAAGGAGCUUUGGGGGAGGAUGUUUGUUCUGAUGGGCUUUCAGGGGACCAGGAACAGAUGGGACGGCAGGUUAAUGGUACAGAUGCAGAUCAGAGGCCACAACAGGAGCAGAUUCAAGAGCUUGUGCUGCUUGCAGGACCAGGAGAGAGAGGGGGGCACAACGGGGAGCUGGGUGGUCAGAGCUACGGUGAGUGGGAGGGGAGGGUGCGGGGCCAGAAGGAUCCAGAACAAGGGGAGCAGAAGAGGAGGGGGUUGACGGGGCCAGAAGAGAGUAGCCUGAAUGCUCAGUGUGAGGAGAAGCAAAGCUUAGAGGGAAAAUCAGUGAAAGUAACUGGAAAGCAAGAGGAUCUGGGCGUUCAGGGCAGAGGGAUGUCAGUAGAGGGGCAGGAGGAGGAGGUGGGGUUGAGCGAGGAGGAGCCAGGGAGUUGGGAUGGGGACACAUGGGAGGGGGUGGGAGAAGAGAAGGGAGCAGAAGGAGUUGAGCACCGUCCUUCCGCACUGGCUCUGGUAGCCCCUGAGGUCUCUUCUCCCUGCGACUUGUCUCUGGAUGUCUGUUAUCCCACGAGCAGGAUUCCAGGGACUCAGACAGAGCCCAGCACUGAAGAGCUGCCCCCUGUAGCUCCGACUCCUACGCUGGAGCCAGUAGGCAGGUCCUGCCAGCCCAUUUCUCUACCUAGCUCUUUGCUAGGGGAGUCACCCGGCCAAGAAGCAGCCCAGAACAACCAGCAAGAGGAAUCUGAGCCGGGAAAGGGGACGGCAUCCAGCCCGGGGGCUGAGGUGGUCCCUGCCAGCGCCUCUGUGACCCCUCCGAGGACACCAGAUUCAGCGCCUUCCAGCCCUUCUGAAGUUGCCCCUGGCACAACUGCCUCGUCAUCUGCCAGCCCCCCGGUCGUCUUUCCCAGGAGGGAGUCCUCUGUUGCUGCAUGUUUUCCAGAAACCUCCAGGGCCCCUCUCUCAACCAAUAGCCCUUCUGCCUGCAGGGCUUCGGAGACGCCCCCAGCUGCCCUCCGUGGCUUCCCCUCACCAGGCCGGGCCAGCCCUCAGGGUCUCCCGGCCAGCCGCACAGGGCCGGGCCAGCACCUGAGAAGCAACUCCUUUCCGGGCUCCCACGGGACAGACCCAGCUGCGGACCUGGCGGGACUACCACUCUCCUUCUCCCAUUCAGAGUUGCCCCUGAGGCCCCCCAAACCUGCCAUCUAUGGCUCUGUGAUCCCCAGGAGGAGCAGGAAGAGCGGAAGGGGCGGCGGCAUCGUUCCAGAGUCCGCAAGUUCGUUACCGGCUCCAGGGCAGGGCUCUCGGGAACUCACCGCAAGCCCAGAAAGGCCCGGCAGCGCCCCCCACAGUCAGCAGUGGGGCUCCCCACAUCACUCAGCCUCUGUCCCAGGUUCUCCUGCCCAGGGCUCUCCCCCACCCCUUGUCUCCAGAGAUACGAGGGUCCAUGAGCCCCCGCCCCCUCCUCCCCCAGAGAAGAGGCUGGUCUACCCAUCUCUGGUGGAGAGAGACGGCCAUCUCCAUGCGGUGGCCCCCACGCUGAAGCGCUGCAGCCCUCCGCUUCCAGUGGCCCUGGGUCCAGGGCUACAUGGCCCCCCUAAAGGCCCACCUCCCCAAGCUCCUGACCCCCUCGUGGCAAGGCAGCAUCGGCCUCUGCCCUCCACCCCAGACGCUCCCCACCAGAGCCAGACCUCUUUCUCCCCCAGGCAGAGGUACAACAAGCCGUUGCCUCCAACUCCUGAUUUGCCCCAGCCCCACCAUCCGCCUAUUUCUUCUUCAAGCAGCUCAAGGGUCUACAAGCCUCUGCCUCCAGUCCCGAUCAUGGAUCCCUCUGCUGAAGCACCCCCGUUACCCCCAAAGUCCAGGGGCAGGAGCACUCAGGGAGGACUCAUGAACUCAGGGGGUCAAGCCAAGACAAGGCCUGUUUGCCAGGAGUGGACAGUUUCCACUCCCCAUUCUGGGGGGCGGACCUCCUGGCCUCCAGCCACGGGCAGAGCCACAGACACUCUGGCUUCCACCAGCAGGAGUAAAAGCGAAGUGUCCCCUGGCAUGGCUUUCAGCAAUGUGACAACACUUCUAAGUCCCUCUUCCCCAACUGCCCCCUGGACUCCAGCGGCCCAGGGACCAGCCUCUGAAUCAGGGCUCUCAGACACAUCUGAAGUCCCUGCCAGAGGAUCUUUGAGAAGAACAGCCCCUCAGGAAGGAGCCAAUGGCCUGAGGAGGUCGGACCUAGGCCAAGCCAGGCAGCCAGAAAAACCCGGCCAUCCCUGUCUGGAGAAGGCGUCCAGCUGGCCCCACAGACGGGACCCAGGGAUACCACCGGAGGGUAGCCGUGGCCAGGCUGCAGGCCCCAGCGAGGGGCCCAGCAAGCACAAGGACUGGCACCGGCAAGGCCUGCGCAGAGCUUCCGUCCUCCCCGAGGGCCCUGCAGACACAAGAAGUCCAGCCAUGGAAAAAUCCCUUAGCCUUUCAGAUGCCAUUGUUUUCCGAGAGAAAAAGCCAAAGGAGGUGACAGGAGGCUUUUCAAGACGCUGCUCCAAGCUCAUUAACUCCUCUCAGCUGCUUUACCAGGAGUACAGUGAUGUGUUUCUGAACAAGGAGAUUCAGAGCCAGCAGCGGCUGGACAGCCUGACAGAGACAACCGGGACUGCCUUCCCCCUGCAGCCCCGGAAGUCCCUGGUCCCGUCGGAGUCCUACCUGCAACGUCUCUCCAUGGCCUCCAGUGGCUCCCUCUGGCAGGAAAUCCCGGCGGUGCGCAAUAGCGCUGUGCUGCUCUCCAUGACCCACGAGGACCAAAAACUCCAGGAGGCCAAAUUCGAGCUGAUUGUGUCGGAGGCCUCAUACCUGCGCAGUCUACAUAUUGCUGUGGAUCAUUUCCAACAUUCAGAGCAGCUCCGGGCCAUCCUUUCGAACCAGGAUCAUCAGUGGCUCUUCUCACGUUUACAGGAUGUGCGUGACGUCAGCACCAUGUUCCUUUCAGACCUGGAAGAGAACUUUGAGAACAACAUCUUCACCUUCCAAGUGUGCGAUGUGGUCCUGAACCACGCUCCCAACUUCCGCCGGGUCUACCUACCUUAUGUCACCAACCAGACCUACCAGGAACGCACCUUCCAAACUCUACUGAACAGCAACAGCAGUUUCCGAGAGGUCCUGGAGAAGCUGGAGAGUGACCCUGUCUGCCAGCGCCUUUCCCUCAAGUCCUUUCUGAUUCUGCCCUUCCAGCGCAUCACCCGUCUCAAACUGCUGCUCCAGAACAUUCUGAAGAGAACACAGCCUGGCUCCUCAGAGGAAGCGGAGGCCACGAAGGCACACCACGCCCUGGAGGAGCUGAUCCGAGACUGCAAUAGCAAUGUCCAGAGAAUGCGGCACACGGAGGAGCUCAUCUACCUGAGCCAGAAGAUUGAGUUUGAGUGCAAAAUAUUCCCGCUCAUUUCGCAGUCACGCUGGCUGGUGAAGAGUGGAGAGCUGACCGCUCUGGAGUUCAGUAUCUCCCCAGGGCUGCGAAGGAAACUGAACACGCGUCCGGUCCACCUGCAUCUCUUCAAUGACUGUCUGUUGCUGUCUCGGCCCCGAGAGGGUAGCCGAUUCCUGGUGUUCGACCAUGCUCCCUUCUCCUCCAUCCGAGUGGAGAAGUGCGAAAUGAAGCUACAUGGGCCUCACAAAAACCUCUUCCGACUCUUUCUGCGACACAACGUGCAGGGCACCCGGGCCGAGUUCCUCUUCCGCACGGAGACCCAGAGUGAAAAACUUCGAUGGAUCUCAGCCUUGGCCAUGCCAAGAGAGGAGCUGGACCUUCUGGAGUGUUAUGACUCCCCGCAGGUGCAGUGCCUUCGAGCCUACAAACCCCGAGAGAACGACGAGUUGGCACUAGAGAAGGCGGACGUGGUGAUGGUGACUCAGCAGAGCAGCGAUGGCUGGCUGGAGGGCGUGAGACUCUCAGAUGGGGAGCAAGGCUGGUUCCCUGUACAGCAAGUGGAGUUCAUUUCCAACCCAGAGGUCCGUGCGCGGAACCUGAAGGAAGCCCACCGAGUCAAGACUGCCAAACUCCAGCUGGUGGAACAGCAGCCCUAGAUGUUUCCUGGGAGGAAUCCCCUGAGCUUAAGGACCAGAUGUCCCUGGACAGGGCUGGCCCUGGGAACCCAGCAACAGAGGCCUUCAGUGGACCAAGAACUAGACCUUCCAAAAGCCCAAGGACAAACUCGAGCUGCCAGUCGCUAGUCCCAGGCCUCCUUUUUUUGUGCUUUGUGCUUGGUGGGGGGAUUUUGAGGGACUUUACUGGACUCUGGGAACCUUUUCUCAUGGGAAAAGGAAACCAGCAGGGCCUAAGCCAAGGAACUUUAUGUCUACUACCCUGUUACUCUUAAACAUUCUCUUCUUCCAGGGUGCAGAUUCAGAGCUGACCGGUUUCCAUCAUGGUCAUAUGUUCAACAGAAUCUGACCUCAGGCCACCGGAGGGAGACGUUUAAGGGGGAUUAGGGUAUCAGAUGGGAGGGUCAACCCGGCAACCUUUAAGGUAUCUUCCAACCCUAGAGAUAUUCCAUAGUUAGCGGUGCAAGGUCAGCGCAUGCGUCUCUGGGACCUGUGUCGGGCAGUGGCUGUGUGAGGGUGAAUCGCUCUCACUCUAAUAAACUUGGCACUUCUCCAAGUAUGUUCUCCUCUCAGACUCCUGAGCACCAAACAAGAUUCAGAACAGGGAAUCCCAUGAGGAUUCCAGGCUAUUUGACUUAGGUAUCAAGAAAGACCACGAUGGUGCCAACUGGUUGUGGCGCUGGUUGACUCUUUCUUUGACUCCUGAGAGUUUGGACACUUCUUCUGCUUGUUUUGGCCUCAGAGGUUGUAUAAGGGAUUAGAAUGAGUUGAUGGGUGAUGAAAACCCCAUUCAGACCUCCUUAAGGUCUAGGCGAGCUUGGGUGGGUUUGGAUACCCUACUCAGACCAUUCACGAUUUUACAUUUUCACUUGAAUUACCGUGAGGGUAUCUCCACCGCCGUCUCAUCCUCUUUGUGAAAAGCAGCAUCGUGUGAUGGAAAGAGUCCUAGGAUCCAAGUCAGACCUGAACUCCAGUUACCGCACGGCCACGAGGCAGCCUGUCUGCGUCUCAGUUUCCUUAGAUGUAAGAUGUAGGUUCAGACAAGUAACCUCCAGAGUCCCAUCCAAGUCUACACUGCAUGACUCUCUAUCUCCCAUUGGGUUGCCUUUCUCAGUUGAAUAACACCAUCCUUGACCUUUUUUUCCCUCCUGUCGAGCCCUCGGACAGCAGUGGUAUGGUCGUCUUUCAAGCUAGCUCGUUACAGUACAAAAGCAGAUUUGCACCGCAGCUUUGCACACAGGUAUGAAUAAUGCUAUAAACUCUGUCCUGUACCCAGCGAACGAUGCUAUGACAUGAUAGUAUCACUUUUGUUCACACAUUUUGUUUUCAGUCCAUCCUAAAAUAUAAGUUGGCUGGCUUAAUUGUGAGAAAAGUUAUAACUACUGACUGCAAUUAACUUCGAGUUAAUAUUAUUUUAUCCUAAGAAGUCUGACACUGCCAAAAAAGUCUAAAAUAGGGAUGAUUUUAGAGAAGUUUGGUUGAAAUUUUUCAUGAUUUUCAGAAAGCAAGCUUUUUAUUAUUAGUAUUGAUAUAUUAAUAUGUAUUUAUUAUAUGUAAACUAACAACCGAAUCUUCUUAAUAGCAGUAACAAUACUUACAAUUCAAAUUUUUUGUCCACACCAGUAUUUGAAUACUGGCCAUAUGGUUCAAACAAAGCCAUAUCCAAACUUAUAUUUUCUAGGCAAAUUCUCCCUUACUUUCCCAGAGAGGUAAAAUACCAACUUCUGAAUGAUAAACACACAAAUGAUUUUUAGUUGAAUGGUUGCUUCUUGGCUUGAAGUUGCUGGGGCUUUGUGAGUACUGUUAGAGCUGACUUCUGUAAGACUAAAACUCCUGUCUUUAGGUGUUUGAUGUGUAUGUGUUUAAUCAGGUUAUUCUUACCUAAUCUAGGAAAUUAAGAGACAAUUGGCUUCUACUUGUCCUUGGUUUUAAAAAAGAAAAA